AUGACAACAACAACUACAACAACUACAACAACAAAUAAUACAACAACAAGAACAUUAUUGGUCAAACGAAGUAGAGACCAAGUUGAAUUUAACACAAGUGGCGAUGACCAUGAGGAUGAUGAGUUUGCGACCAGUGACGCAGUAGAUGAUACGGAUGCAGACUCAAAGUCUGCAACGAUGGUGAAGAAGAGUGCUACACCAUUUGUAUGCCCUUAUAAAUGUGGCAAGGCAUUCAAUAGACAGGGCAAGCUGGACUGCCACAUCAGGACACACACAGGCGAGCGCCCCUACGAGUGCAAGGAGUGCGGCAAGUCAUUCACUCGAACACAUCAUCUCAAGUAUCACAUGCGCUCGCACACUGGCGAGCAUCCAUUCCAGUGCUCACACAUUGGCUGCGGCGUCAAGUUUGUGCACAAGCAUCAGAUGGACCUGCACAUCCGCGUCCAGCAUCUCCAGGAGAAGCCGUUCAAGUGCGACCACGACCCCACCAUCUGCCAACUCACAUUCCACAAGCACAACCAACUCAAGCGUCACAUUGACAUGGUGCACUUGAACCAGCUGCCCUACGGCUGCACGUACGAGGGCUGCACGGCGCGCUUCCUCUACCCCUCAUACUUGAAGAACCACGUCAACACGGUGCACACCAAGGUCGCCAAGUUUGUCUGCUCGCAAGACGACUGCUUCCAAUCCUUCUUCACACAUUACGAGCUUCAGAAGCACAUCAAGGCCUUGCACAAGAAGGUCGUCCAGACCCAUCCCUGUCCAACAUGUGGCAAGCUCUGCAAGACCAGGACGCUGCUCAAGCUACACGCAGAGAUACACGCGCCAUUGAGCGAGCGAUACAACUUCCCUUGCGAGUACGAGGGAUGCCAGCGAGUGUACGCGGCCAAGAGGAACCUGGAGCAGCACAUCAGACAGGUACACAAGAAGACCAAGGUCUACGAGUGCAAGUGUAUCAUUGGUGGUGGAGAUGCUGCUGGUGAACCCAUGGACAUCACAAAGCCAAUGGACAUCAAUCAAGCGGUGGAUCGUCUGAGUGUCCAUGUGGACAUUCGAAAUAACCAUGGCACUGGCGCUGACUCUGACAUUGACAACGAGACAGACAAAGAGACAGACAAGGAGACAGAGACUGAUAGGGAGAACUACAACAACAACAAUGAUAACAACAACGACAACAAGGUGGUACUAUGUGGAAAGAAGUUUGCAUCAAAGGUAGUACUGGAGAGACACAUUUAUAACAUGCAUACCAAUGCAAAGCCAAGAGGUGUCAAGAAGCUAAGAGUGGACUGUUUAUUGUUGGUACUGAGUAUGGACUAG